GAGGAGGAGGAAGCAGCCGCGCCGGGGAAGAGGGCGAGAUUCCCAUGGCGGAGCAGCGCGCCUGGCUGGCGCCCGGCAGGUAGGAGACGCUCCUCGGCUCCGUCUCCAGGGCGCACGGCUGUGCUUAAAAGAAGCCGGUGAACGGACUCCAAGCCAGCAAUACCCCUGAGCCGGAAGCGCAGUUUGACGAUGGAUCUGGAGAAGUCCUCUGUCUGGGAGUCUCUGAAGCAGAAAACAAAACCCAUCUUACAAAACCUCAGCAUUCGAAGGACUAAGAAAAGCUCCACCAGAACCAUGGAGGUCAGGAAGAGACAUCCUUUGGACCGGCGUUUGAGCUCCUCGGUUCCUGACAUGCUAAACGUUGAGAUGGUUGUCGAAGAAAGGGCCGGCCGCUCUCAUUCCAAAGCCUUGUCCACGUUUUUCCCAAGCGGCUUUUCUGCAGCGGAGAUGUUUGUUGAGAACAGCUGCAGCGUUUCCUUGAAACAGGACCGGGAGGAUUGGCAAUGGAGCCAUCAGGAGACUGCGCACAUGGAGAUAGGGGUGAGAGGGGCAGAGAAGCCAGCCCCUUCUGGACUGGGCUCCGAGAGCAGGAAGGCUUCGGAUGAGCUCUUUGAACUGCUACAGAGGAGCAGCUUCAGCAGUGACCUUCCAGAAGAUGCCAUGGAGCGCUCCUGUGGAAGCUCCAACUUUGACUCCUCCUGUUCCUCGCUGCUAUAUGAAGAGCCUUCAGCGCUUCCAGAAGGAAAUGGUAAUCUGAGUAAACUGUCUGGCUUAUUUGCAUAUCUCUUAACAAUACAUCUGAAAGAAGGCAGAAACUUGGUCAUUAGAGAUCGCUGUGGUACAAGCGAUCCAUAUGUGAAGUUUAAGGUGAACGGGAAAACAUUAUACAAAAGCAAAGUCAUCUACAAGAAUUUGAACCCUGUUUGGGAUGAAGUGGUCGUACUUCCGAUACAGUCCCUGGAUCGGAAGCUUCGUGUCAAGGUAUAUGACCGAGACCUCACCUCUUCUGACUUUAUGGGUUCAGCUUUUGUAAAACUGGAUGAACUGGAGCUCAACAGGACUACUGAGAAGAUUCUUAAGCUGGAAGAUCCAAACAGUCUAGAGGAUGACAUGGGCGUGAUUGUGUUGGAUUUGAAGCUGGCAGUGAAGCAGGCAGACGUUAAAAGAAACAAGUGGACGACUCGAAGGAAGCUCUCUACACCGAAGGCGAGCUUCAUGCGGACGGUGAGACUGGCAGAUUCUUUACGGAAGAACCAGCUGUGGAACGGAACGGUCACCGUUGCCUUAUUGGAAGGAAAGAAUAUUCCUGGAGGGGGCAUGACGCAAAUGUUUGUUUGGUUGAGAAUGGGAGAUCAAAAGUAUAAGAGUAAGACACUGUGUAAGAGUGCAACCCCCCAGUGGAGGGAACAGUUUGACUUUCACUACUUCUCUGACAGGAAGGAUGUGUUGGAGAUUGAAAUCUGGGGAAAGGAUAACAAAAAGCACGAAGAAGUUUUGGGAUUGUGUAAAGUGGAUGUUGGCGCGCUCCCUGGCAAGCGGGCAAACCGUUUGGAAUUGGCGCUGGAGAAACAGCCCGGGUCUCUGCUGGUGGUGGUCUCUGUGGCACCCUGUUCAGGAGUUUCUGUCUCAGAUCUGUGCAUUUCCCCCUUGGGAGACCCCAAUGAAAGGAAACAGAUUUCUCAGCGCUAUAGUCUUUGGAACUCUUUCCAAAAUGUAAAGGAUGUUGGAUUCUUGCAAGUCAAACUUUUAAAAGCUGUCGAUCUGUUAGCGGCGGAUUUUUCAGGAAAAAGUGAUCCCUUCUGUGUGCUCGAACUAGGGAACGGGCGGCUACAGAGCUACACCGUUUACAAGAACCUCAAUCCCGAGUGGAACCAGGUCUUCACGUUCCCUGUUAAAGACAUCCACGACAUUCUCGAAGUGACUGUGUUUGAUGAAGAUGGAGACAAGCCGCCCGACUUCCUUGGAAAAGUUGCCAUUCCGCUGCUGUCUAUAAGAAAUGGACAGCCAAGCUGCUACGUUUUGAAGAAUAAAGACCUGGAGCUUCCUUCGAAAGGAACGGUCCAUUUGGAGCUGGAUGUCUUAUUUAAUCCCGUAAAAGCCUGUCUGAGAACCUUUCUGCCACGCGAGCGGCGGCUUCUGGAAGACAACCGCAAGUUUUCAAAGAAGAUCUUGGCAAGAAAUGUGGAACGUGUGAAAAGAAUCACUAUGUCCUUAUGGAACACGAUUCAGUUUCUCCGAAAUUGCUUUCUGUGGGAGUCUCCGGUCAGAAGCCUGUUUGCAUUUGUGGAAUCUGAAAAAAAGGGCAUAAGAGAAAGGAUUUACAUGGUUCAGGACAUUGUUAUAACAGUUCAGAACCUCUUGGAAGAUCUCGCCUCUUUUGCAGAACGGAUCAAAAAUACGUUCAACUGGACAGUCCCUUUCCUGUCUGUCCUCGCGUGUGUGGUCUUUGCAGUGGCAACAAUUGUGCUGUAUUACAUACCGCUUCGGUACAUCAUUUUACUCUGGGGCAUAAAUAAAUUUACAAAGAAGCUGAGAAACCCCUACGCCAUUGAGAAUAAUGAGUUACUGGAUUUCCUCUCCAGGGUGCCGUCGGAUGUUCAAAGGGUGCAGCAGGCUGAAUUGAAACCAUACAGCGGGUCCAGCCCCUUCAGGAAGAAACGGAGCACUGUGUAGGGGCAUCCCCUCUGCCUGGACACCGUCACACACACGGCUCCCCCCAGACCCGCUUUGGAUCCGAGCAAUGUUUUGACCAAGGUGUAGAUGUAUACAUGAAAAAAUUUUUUUUAAUAAGGAACCAGCCUUUCUUCUUCCUCCAAACAAACUUUUGUACAUAUGGAGUCGAAACAGCACAAGGUCCAAUGACUUCCAGUGAGGAAUUUGGCAACGCUAGACUUUUUUGGUUUGUAUGACGCAAAAGCGGUUUUUUCCAACAGAACCGUGAUAUUCUCUGCUUUUUACAAAAUGCCCAAGAGAACCUCAUUAAGAGACAGGAAUGUGUCUUUACUUAGCCGAGCUACUGAGUGUCACUGGAUUGAUUUUUUUUAAAGUCCGGCUUUUAAAAUCUUUGAUGCCUACUUGGAGGCUUUAAAAGUUUUAAAUGUCGUUUUAUCGUAACUGCAAGGGAUCGCUUGCAGGCUCAAACAUUCUCACCUUUUUCAUCCUGCGAUCGCUGCUGAGUUAUCCAUGGCAAACAGCUAUUAAUGGUUCAAAUCCUGAUUUUUCUAAUCUUAAUUAGAAGUUCGUUGCAGGCGACGGACAUCUUCUAAGGUGCCACUUCAUGGGAUACAAGAGUAAAAUGUCUUCUAGUGAUCCUGUGGACACUCCAGUUCUGAUUUGCCUUCUAGGCUUCCUUCUUGUCAGACUCUUACUAAACUUUUUCUUUUUCUGAUGAUCCAAAGAAACGCUAACGCAACAUAUGCAAAAUAUUUUUUAUAAUCUUUGGGCCAGACCUGCAAUGGUUAAAGGAUAUGAUUUUUAAAAAACUGUCAAGAAAAAAAAAUUACGGCUGAUUUUUAUAUGUCUUCAAGCAGUGUGAAAUUAUCCAGUGGAACUCACUGCCACAGGACAUAGCGAUGGCUGCUAGCUUUCAAAGGGAAUUAGAGAAAUUCAUGGAAGGCGGGUCCACCAACGGAAGGCAGGUCCUCUGUGAGCUGUAAUGGUUAAAUGGAGCCUCUUUGUUCAGAGGGAAAUGGGUUGGGCAACUGUGUGUUUGUGUGGGAGGGAGACUUUGGCCCUUCUAGUGAGCCAUUUUGGUUGUCUGGUUGGCCACUGCAGGAAGCAGGAUGCUGGACUACACUGACUAUUGAUCUGAACCAGCACAGCUUAUCUUUUAAUAUUCAUCUGUUGGAAUAGCUUUUUAUAAAAAAAAAAUGUGAUUCGUGCAAUUCCUGGGCAGGUCCCAUUCUACUAUUUCCCCGCAGUGUCUUAAACAUUUAUUCCUGCUAGUGGUUGGCUGAACACUGUUUGGAGGUUGGCUCUACAGUUGCGAGUAAAAAUCUCCCCAGUGUUAAAUCCUGUUGAAACCCCAUUACUUGGACUGCAGGCAUAGUUCCUGCGUGCGCAAGCAGUCUCCCUAUUCAGUUCCCAGACACAUUGUCAAGGGGGUUAUACAUUUUAUAACAAUCCGGACAGGAGGAGCCAACCAGCUGUGAGCUUCCUGAUGUCUCUGAUGAGCCUCUCUCAGAAACAGCAUACUGGACUGGAUCUCAGAAUCCUUUCAGAUUACUGUUCUAAAAUGGAUGUCAUUCAUUGUGGGCCCAUUUCUAGUAAAGUGAUACCAAGAGAUGUGUUUCAUACAGCUUAUGAGCAGCAGUGGCGUAGGAGGUUAAGAGCUCGUGUAUCUAAUCUGGAGGAACCGGGUUUGAUUCCCAGCUCUGCCGCCCGAGCUGUGGAGGCUUAUCUGGGGAAU